AUGUCUAUAUCCGCCGUCAAGGCCGGGUUGUGUCUCGUCCUGCCUCUUGUAUCAGGGCUUUCUUUCACAGCGCCAGAGCCAACGCUCAGCGCCGUCGUCUCGAGUAAUCCACCACCACCAGGCCCCCAAACGACACCACCGCCAGUCCCGAAGCGUCGUCGAGAUGAGGCUACGACCGAUACAUACAGGGUGACGGAUGAGCCUAACAUGUGCGGAUGGGAAGACGCCGUGUACGACAAUGGCAUUACGUGCGGCGUCGGACAGACCUGCGGCUUCCAGCGGCCAAACGAGAAGUACCCCGGCAUGCUAGCCUGUUGUGACGAAGGCAUGAAGAACUGCGACUUCUACAGCACAUGCAUCAACUUCAGCGAAGUAUCCGCAACGCCCUCUCUCACCGACACGCGGCAGCCCUUCGCCCUGUACUGCACCGAGUCCGCCUCCCCUGCCUGCAUGACCUGGUACUACGACGCAAUCAGCGUCACCGACUUCGGGUGCUCGGAGGACGCCGGCGGCGUCGACAUGUACACAUGGGCGACAGACCCGACAACCACUUCCGGCACGGUCGACGAAUACUCGUUAUACCUGACGCCAAUCGGCACGGAGGCAGUCGACUCCUACAAGGCGACCUUUAGUUCCAUGUACGACCACAAGAAAGCCACCAACGGGCCCAGCGCUACUCCCACGCCGUCGUCCGACGCAAACGCCGACUCGGGCUCCGAGAGCAGUAACACUGGCGCCAUUGCCGGCGGCGUUGUCGGCGGUGUUGCCGGCAUUGCCCUUAUCGGUGCUGCAGGCUUUUUUAUAGGAAAGAAGAUGAGCAAGAAGAAGGCCGCCGGGGCAGGAGGUACUGCUGGCGACGAUAGCAAAGGAUCCUACAGCACCGUCCCGGAUGCACAUUCCCCCAACCCAGGUACUGAGCCCAGCUCAGGUACCGAGACGCACUUCCCGUCUGAGAUGGGGACCGGCGAGCCGUCGCAGGAACUGGCUGAGAUUCCCGGGAGUACGCCUGCUGAUAGAGUGUAUGAGAUGCAGGGCACGGCGGUAAAGGACACGACGGUGAACGAUACAGCCGGGAAGAACUUCGUAUCAGAGCUGCCAGCGGAUUCUGAAUUCCCUGCUAAAAAGUGA